AGGCCCAGAACCAGAUCACAAAAUCGAGAGAAUAAAAUCAAAGAAGUUAAAGAAUCUUCCAAAAUCACGGAGCACAAAAUGGCGGUGUGCGGCGACAUAAAAUCAUUCGCCGGUGAAAAAUGGGACGUCUUCGCGGAACAACUGGACUGUUUCAUGAUAGUCAAUGACAUUCCAAACGAAAAGAAAGUGCCACUGUUAAUAACAAAAUUAGCACCGGAGGUAUUUGAAAUCCUGCAGUGUCUAUGUAGCCCUGUCAAACCAAACAAACUAACCUAUGAAGAACUAUGUUCAAAAUUGAAAGAAAAGUAUGAAAAACCACUAUCUACGGCUGUUGAAAGGGCUGAGUUUAGGCGACGUAACCAGUUACCUAAUGAAAAAAUACAGGACUAUGUACUGCAUCUGAAAAGAUUGGCUAUAAAGUGCAACUUCAAAGACACAGAUGAUCAAAUCAAGGAAAAAUUCAUGGAUGGCGUUACAUCAAAGGUUAUUAAAUACGAAUUAAUGAAAAAUGCAGACAACAGGUCACUAGAAAGCUGUAUCGAAUGUGCUAGAAAUAUAGAAGCAGCCCUGAUGCACAGUGACCCUUCACCUGAAACCUCAGAAGUAUUUUACAAUAAACAAAAGGAUUACCAAAGGACAAAACAACAAACAACAACCAAGGGACAGAAAAGUUACAGACAAAAGAACCAGCAGUGUUAUUGUUGUGGUAAAAAUAACCACUUGAAAGCGGAGUGUUCUCUAAGAAAUAAAUAUUGCUCGGAAUGUGGUCAACAAGGACACAUAUUCAGAAUGUGUGAAAGAAAGCAACGAAAAACCAACAUUUUGGAACUGGAGACUUCAAAGCCUAUAGAAGAAAAUGAGGAGGCAAUAGAUUCUAUUAAAAAUCUAUAUGAAGAAUAUGAGACAUAUACCUUUAAUAGUACGCACAACAAAUCAUAAAGAGCCAGUUCGCAGAAGUAUUUAGCCCUGGUUGGGGAAAUUUUAAGGGUAAAGAAAUUAGCUUAAAACUAAAACCUGAUUCAAAACCUAUAUGCCUGCCAGUUCGUCGAGUACCAUUUGCUCUUCGGGAAAAAGUAAAUAAUGAAAUUAAAAGGCUCUUGGACCACGAUAGAAUUGAACCAGUUGAACAAAGUGAAUGGGGUACACCAGUGGUUCCUAUCCUUAAAUCAGACGGAUCGGUAAGACUUUGUGGGGAUUAUAAACUUACAGUUAACAAAUGUUUAGAAGUCGAUCACUUUCCUUUACCUCAUGUAGAAGAUAUAUUGAAUUCUUUAAAACACGGGGAAUAUUACUGCGAACUAGAUCUCAAAGAAGCGUAUUUACAGGCACGUCUUAGUCCUGAAAGCCAAAACUGCACAACUAUUGUAACAGAGGUAGGAACAUAUAAAUAUAAAUAUUUACCAUAUGGUGUAAGCACAGGGCCAGGAUCAUUUCAACGACUGAUGACAAAUAAGUUGCUUAAUAUACCAAACACUGUUGUAUUCAUUGAUAAUAUCUAUAUAAAAGGAAAAAAUUUACAACAAACAUAUGAUACACUAUGUGCAGUAUUGACAAAAUUACAAGAGUGUGAAUUCAAACUUAAAAUUGAUAAAUGUAAAUUAUUUACAAAUAAUAUAGAAGUUUUUGGUUAUAAUGUAAACAAAAAUGGAAUCAGCAUAAUUAAGUCAAAUGUUAAACCUUUGAUUAAUGCCAAACCACCAACUAGUUUAACCAUGCUGAAAUCAUUUUUGGGAAAAAUUAACUAUUAUAAUCGUUUUUUAAAGGACAUGGCUACUGUAAUAGCACCUUUAUAUGAUUGUACUAAGAAAAAUAAAUUUAUUUGGAGUUCAGAAUGUGAAAAUGCAUUUAAUAACAUAAAAAAAAGACUGGCUAAUGCCAAU